ACCAAGGAUGUGUUGGAGAUAAUGGUGACCCUGGUCAACCUGGAAUCAACCUGGACGGACCACCAGGACUCCGUGGACCACCAGGCUCUCCAGGCUGGCCGGGACCUCCAGGAGACACCUUUGACACCGGACCUGGUCCCGUGGGUCCACCUGGACUACCUGGGUUACUGGGACCCAAGGGAGAUCCUGGUUUGCCAGGCAUCCCUGGGCCUCCAGGGGGAUCAGGCCCGUACGGAGGUGUGGGUUACAAGGGGUCAAAAGGAGACACUGGGGACCCAGGACCGGGCGGUCCUCCAGGGCCAACAGAAUGUAGAGAGAAAGGAGCUGUUGGCCCACCGGGAGCCUCAGGACCACCAGGAGUCAGGGGCCCAUCGGGUUUCCGUGGUUAUAAAGGACAUAAGGGUGCGAUGGGUCCUCCUGGACGUGGAGUGAAGGGACCAGCAGGGAUCCCCGGGCCUCCUGGUCCCCCGGGACCCGUUGGUGCCAAAGGUUUCAGUGGGUCACCAGGUGUCCCGGGCUUCCCUGGUGUAACAGGAACCAAAGGGCCCAGGGGAUAUCCUGGUAGAGAUGGGUCGGCUGUUCCUGGUACACCGGGUGUGCCUGGAAACCCAGGAUCCCACGGGAGGCAAGGGGAGAGGGGUUUUACAGGACGCGACGGUCAGGAUGGAGACCAGGGGUACAAAGGAGCCAAAGGUCACAGAGGUCCCCCCGGAAGUCCUGGCCCAGUAGGAGUCAUAACCGUUAAAGGACAGAAGGGCUCUGAAGGACCACCAGGAGAGGAUGGCUUCACUGGAGCAAGAGGUUCCAAGGGCUCAAGUGGGUCACCAGGUAAACCAGGGGGGAAUGGACAGGAUGGUCCUCCUGGAUAUGAGAAAGGGCUCCCAGGACAACCUGGCAGACCUGGUCUCCCUGGACCCCCCGGAUCCCGAGGACCUAAAGGCUUGAGUGGUAUAGUUGGUUUCCCUGGACCAGUCGGUGAUAAGGGGGACCCUGGGCACACGGGCCCUCCUGGGAACCCAGGCCUUCCAGGAAUGACAGGCUUAAAGGGUGACCCAGGAGACUCUAUCGGACAACCAGGACUACCUGGACCACCGGGUCCUCCAGGAGAAUGCGGAACCUUAGAUCCAAAGGGAGACCCAGGAGAUCCAGGGAGCCCAGGACCCAGAGGAUCACCAGGACAGCCUGGUGUCCACGGAGCCCGAGGACCACUGGGUGGCCCAGGUUUCCCUGGUCCCUCAGGUCCGCCGGGUCGUCCAGGCUCCCCAGGGCCUCCCGGAGGAAUUCUCGGAGGUCAAGGCCCCAAUGGCAAUCCUGGACUGCCCGGUCCUCCAGGUUUCCCGGGACCCCCAGGGCUGCAUGGUCUGAACGGGCUCCAAGGCCAAAAAGGAGAGAAAGGAGCCAGAGGACCAGAUGUGUUGGGCCCACGAGGGCCAUCUGGGUACCCCGGAGUCAAAGGCCACACAGGCUCCCAGGGACCCCCGGGAACUUCUUACCCCGGAUCUAAAGGCCUAAGGGGCCCUCCAGGCUACCAAGGACCAAAAGGAGUCACUGGUGAGCCCGGUGGUUCAGGUGGAGAGUGCUCAGAAUGUCACAGAGGACCCAACGGAGAGCCAGGAUACGAAGGCAUUCAUGGACCUCCAGGACCACCCGGUGAACCGGGUCCUGCUGGUACUGCAGAGCCAUCUCCAGGAGACCCAGGCCCCCAAGGGCCACCAGGGCCCAAUGGCCAUAAAGGACAGAGAGGCCCCCCAGGACCCCUAGGGCCAACAGACUACUCAGGAUCACAAGGACCCAAAGGUGCCAGAGGCCCUGUGGGUCACAUGGGCCCCAACGGAGCAAGAGGUCGUCCAGGCGCCUACGGCCUCCUGGGGCCCAAAGGUGACAAAGGCAAACCUGGGGAUGCAGGUCCCAAAGGCCUGCCCGGUCAGGUUUUAGACAGUGUCGUUACCACUCAGGAACCCUACCGUGGGAUCCAUGGCCCCUCAGGUCCAUCAGGUCCAAAUGGUCCCCCGGGAAAGGCUGGGCCCAGUGGGAACCCUGGGCCUCACGGUCCUAAGGGCCCAGCUGGGUCACGAGGGCCCCCAGGGAGAAAUGGACCUCCAGGUCCACCUGGACCUUUAGGAGACCCAGGCGAUCAUGGACAGCAAGGUUUUGUGGGACAUCAGGGUCCUCCGGGUUCUCAGGGUGACCGUGGCUACCCCGGUUCCACUGGCUCUGUGAGUUCAGGCUUCCUGCUGGUGAUCCACAGCCAGUCGGUGGAGGUCCCUGUGUGUCCCGAGGGCAGCAGCCCCCUGUGGACCGGCUAUAGCCUGUUCUACCUGGAGGGGCAGGAGAGGACACACACACAGGACCUGGGCCAGGCCGGCUCAUGUCUGCGUAUCUUCAGCACCAUGCCCUUCUCCUACUGCAACACAGGUACCUGUGACUACGCCAGCCGCAACGACAAAUCCUACUGGCUUUCCACCACCGCUGCCGUGCCCAUGAUGCCCGUGUCGGGCCACGACAUCCGCGCCCAUAUCAGCCGCUGUGCCGUGUGUGAGACACCCUCACCCGCUGUGGCAGUGCACAGCCAGGAUCAUAUCGCCCCCACCUGCCCCCCUGGGUGGAGGAGUCUGUGGGCUGGCUACUCCUUCCUCAUGCACUCUGGAGCGGGCGACGAGGGUGGCGGCCAAUCUCUGACCUCAUCCGGCAGCUGCCUGCGAGACUUCCGUGCCCAGCCCUUUGUGGAGUGCCAGGGCCCGCGGGGCACAUGCCACUACUUCGCCAAUGUCUACAGCUUCUGGCUGACCCAUGUUUCCCUGGACGAGCAGUUUGGCCCCAGUCCCGUCCCUAGCGUGUUGAAGGCUGCCGAUCAACAGCGCCAGCAGGCCAGCCGCUGCCACGUGUGUACCAAGGGCUGAACACCUUAUGUCACCUCCGAUUUCUACUUUUGUUUUGUUGGUAUUUUGUAUGUUUAUUAGAUUGAGAGAGAAGAGCGUGUUCUGAAAAGGCAGUAGAACAGAUUUCAAUCCUUGCUGGCAGCGGCACAUCGUACAUGUGCUCCACACCACUAGACCUCCCCAGGCCACGUCACCUCCUAUUUCAUCCAUAAGUCAAGUUGCCUCAUAAUAUGAUUACCAAACUACCCCGACCCCACUACAUCACUGUCACAAUGCUGUGCUAUGCUAGCCCUAUCAGCGCCCUGUCCCACUUGUCAGGGAUACAUACAAUCAUCAUCUAUUACUAUUUACAAUUUUUGACUAUGGUGGCUAGUUUAACGAAACCAUAGUGUGGAUUGCAGUCCAUAGACCACUUUCAAGGGAAGGAAACAUCUAUCAAGUGUGGAGGAUGAUGUAAUUUUGCUGAACUAUCCCUUUAACUGACUUCGUAAUGGAGGCCAUUGGCCAGAUCAUAGACGGGUUGGUUGUUUAGCAACAAAACCGACGCGUGUGCAACUAUGGGGCAAAACAGACGGGGUUGGCUUAGAUGGUUGACAACAUGUCAACUAUAUUUCAUGUCCAGUGUUUAUUGAAAACAUAAAUUAAUGUGCUUAAUGGGCACUUGUUGUCUCAAAUACGUUACAGUUGUUGGUUAGCUAGUGAAUUUGAGCCAUAUUAGCAUCGAUGUGACAGUCAAAACACCUCAAAACAAGAUAAAAAACGAGCCACCUAGGAUUCCCCACAUAGCUGCUUUUUGUCAUUGUUGCUAUAGCUACAGUAUUUGGCCAUCUAGAAUCAGAACAACACACAGCGUUCUGCCCCAUUUAAGGCUUGCUCAUUGUUUUCGUGACUCUGUCCACUAACCCAUCUAUUGGCACAAUGGUUUAGCACUGAUCAACCUGCACUGAGCACCUCCCAGAUCAGGAAGUGACAGUGGACACUGGGAAAGGAGUAAGGCAUGUGAACACACUGUAUUACUCAGAGCGCUCAUCAUUGUAAAACCAGCUAUUCACUCCAACAAAGACUACAGGCCAAAAUCAGAAAUAAUUUUAACAUGUGUAGUUAAAAUAACCAAUAAUCUAGUAUUGUUGUAUCAAUAUCCAUGUCAUAAUGUUAGAAUUAAGUGACAAGGCGCCAGGGGUGUGGUAUAUGGCCAAUAUACCACGGCGAAGGGCUGUUCUUGGAUAUUGGCCAUAUACCACAAACCCCCAAGGUGCCUUAUUGCUAUAAACAUUUUAAAAACGUGUUUACUGUUCAAUUUUUGUCUGUAACAAAUAUUUUUAGGUCAAUGCCGUGGUAUAUUGUCUGAUAUACACACGGCUGGAAUGCUGUUUCAGCCAAUCAGCAUCCAGGACCCAAACGACCCUGUUUAUAAUUAAUCAUUUACACUACAGCUAUUACGGCUUUGAAAUGCACUGGUCCCAUUUUUUUCCGACAUCAUAACUGUUUUAUAUACCGGUUUUUAGUUGUGUAAAAUGAAAUGACAAAUGAAAUAGUUUAAUUUAGUUUCUUGUGGUGUGACUAUCAAUUGUGUUCAUGUUGGUGCUGAUUAUUACAGUCGUGCUGUUAUUGUUUUGAGCUCUGCCAUGUUUGUAUUACAGAUACGCAAAUGUCUUUAUUCUUUAAAGUUUUUUCCACAAUGAAAAAAUCCUUGUGUAUCAUUUAC